GCGUGCGGUUAUUGGUAAUGGCGGGUUUUUAUACUAAACUUGUGCAUUUUUAAACUAUUUUCGUUUUGUGCGCAUUUUUAUUAAUACCGACGUCAAACGAGCGCUGUAUGUGUCGAAUUAAGUUGGAGACUUUCCAAAGCGGAGGGUUUGAAUUAGAUAAUUAAUACUGAUAUAAAGUGAAAUUGUGCAGAAAGACGUUGGUUACCGUCGGAGGAGGAAAAACCCCAGCUACAGAUAUUUUAACGAGGCAACAGAAGCGCACUUUAAUUCGGAAACGGUUCUAAUAAUUGAAAUAUUUUUUACCGCUAUUUUCACUCGGCAGCCUCAUGACGCGAAAAUGUUUUCCGUCAGACUGUUAGUGUAUUUCGGAUUUACAUUAAUAACCGUUAUUCUGGUUGACGGGACCUCGAAAUUAAAUAUUCCCAAAGUGUUGUUGCCGCUUGCCAGAAGUACAAGAAUUAACUUUACGCUGGAGGCUACAGACGGCUGUUACAGAUGGUCCUCCACCAGACCAGAGGUGGCGAGUGUCCAGGCUGUGGAUGUGGACAGCAGCAGAGGCUGCUCUCAGAGAGCCGUUCUCCAGGCUCUCUCCACUCAUCCCUCCAGGCUGACCAGCAUUAUUCUAGCUGAAGAUGUUGUUACAGGACAGGUACUGCGGUGCGAUGCCAUCGUUGACAUAAUUAGUAAGAUCCAGAUAGUGUCCACCACCAGAGAGCUACAUCUUGAAGACUCGCCACUGGCACUCAGAAUUCAUGCACUGGACUCAGAAGGAAACACAUUCAGCACCCUUGCAGGUCUGGUGUUUGACUGGACUUUGGUGAAAGAUGCAGAUAUGAUCGGAUUCUUGGAUUCAUUACGGGUACUUAAAUUUUCAGAAUCCACAUACACUCCCCCUGGAUAUAUAUCUGAAAUGGAACGUGUUGGAAAACAGGGUGAUAUUAUCUUGGUAUCUGGCCUGAAAACCGGGAAUGCUAAGCUGACUGCCAGAAUACGGGAGCCAUUGUAUAAGGAUGUGGGUUCAGCUGAGGUGAAACUACUGAUUUUAGAGAACAUCCUGUUGAGUCCUGCACACGACGUUUACAUGCUUAUUGGAACGUCCAUUCGAUACAAAGUCCAGAAGAUCAGACAGGGCAAGAUCACAGAACUCUCUAUGCCUUGCGAUCAGUAUGAGCUGCACCUUCAGAACAGUGUGGUUGGGCCUAAUGGAGACUCUGAGGUUCCUGUAGCUACUCUGGAUCAGCACAGCUCCACAGUCACAGCAAUUCAGCAGGGACAUAUCAAUGUUGUGCUGGAUCAUAAGAGUCUUAGAAUGGAAGGAGUUUCUCGCCUCCCCAACAGCACUCUGUAUGUGGUUGAACCCGGCUACCUUGGUUUUAAAAUUCACCCAGGAAACAGCUGGGUUCUUCAAACGGACAGUGUAUAUGAUGUCAUCAUUGAAGUAUUUGAUAAAUCCAGCAACAAAAUGUAUCUCUCUGAUAACAUCCGAAUUGGCACAGAUUUCCCUGUGGAGUAUUUUGAGAUUCUCCAGUCUUCUGCAAAUGGAUCGUACCAUCAUGUCAGAGCGAUAAAGGAUGGACAGACACUCAUUGACGCUACACUCAGAUCUGUUGUGGAUGAAAGUGGAGUGAACCAUCCCCUCAUCAACCCGGUUUAUGGAGAACAGGAUGUGGAAAUCUACAACCCCAUCAUUCUUAGUCCCAGUAUCCUCACCUUUCCAUGGCAACCCAAGAUUGGAGCAUAUCAGUAUACAAUAAAGGCAACAGGUGGGAGUGGCAAUUUCAGUUGGUCUUCUUACACAGCAGUGGCCUCAGUGACGGUGAAAGGAGUAAUGACAACAGUCAGUGACAUUGGAGUCAGCAUAGUGAAUGCUUAUGACCUACGUAACCCGCUGCACUAUGGCCAGAUGAAGGUGUAUGUCGUUGAGCCUGUGGCAAUGGACUUCACUCCUUGUCCAGUAGAGGCCAGGGUGGGAUUGAUUUUGGAGUUGCCCCUCAGGAUCUUUGGUCUGCUGGGAGAGGUGGAGAAAGAGCGAGUCAUGUUGAGUGAUUGCUCCCACUUUGACCUGCAGGUUGAGCACGAGAACCAUGGUGUCUUUGAACUGCUGAAAGGGAGGCUGGCCCCAGGCCAGGACCGCUGCAGUGGAGUGAGAGCCAAGGCUCUGGCUCCAGGGUACACAGUCCUUUUGGUCAGCUACACCCAUGGCAACAUCCAUCUCAGUGCUAAGAUCACCAUUGCUGCCUAUCUGCCUCUCAGAGCAGUUGAUCCUGUGUCUGUGACUUUGGUGACUCUGGGAUCAUCUAAAGACAUGUUGUUCGAGGGUGGUCCAAGGCCUUGGAUUUUAGAACCAUCAAAGUUCAUCUGUAAUUUGAGUGCUGAGGAUGAGGGCAGUGUGAGCCUUACUCUGACCAGUCCUUCAUCACACAACUAUAACCAACAUUGGGUCAAAGCAACCUGCAGGGCCCUGGGGGAGCAGGUGUUGGAGGUGUUGGUGGGGAACAAGGCCAGUCUCACAAAUCCUUAUCCUGCCGUGGAUCAUGCGGUCGUUAAGUUUGUAUGUGCUCCUCCAUCGCGCCUAACUCUGGUCCCAGUGUACACCAGCCCACAACUGGACUUAACCUGCCCACUGCUCCAGCAGAGCAAACAAGUGGUGCCAGUUUCAAAUUACCGUGAUCCCAUUUUGGACCUUGCUGCUUUUGAUCGAGAAGGAAGAAAGUUUGACAACUUCAGUUCUCUGAGCAUACUGUGGGAAUCGUCCAAAGUGACUCUGGCUAGUAUUGAGCCCACGAUGCCCAUGGAGUUUGAGCUGCUUGAAGAUGGAAACAAACAGAUGAAGCUUCACGGACGUCGGAAAGUUCUUGUCCAUCAUCAGACUGGAAUUGCUGCCAUCAUAGUCACUGCUGCCGGUUACCGGGAUCUGCAUCUUCGUGCAGCGAAGGUUCUUCGAUCAUAUGAGCCUUUGAACCCUGUCUCAGCCACUCUGGAGCUCCUAUUGGUAGAAGACGUGAUAGUUUCUCCUGCCACCGUAACCAUAUAUAACCACCCAGACGUCCAGGUGAGCCUAGCAUUGCGAGAGGGGUCUGGGCACUUUUUUGUAAAUACCAGUAUUAAAGGCAUAGUGAAUGUAGCGUUCCAAGAGGUCCAAGGAACUGCUGAGAUUGUUCCAGUCCGCCCAGGUGUGGUGAAGGUGAUUGUUCAUGACCUUUGUCUGGCAUUUCCAUCACCUGCUGAAGCUACAGUUCAUGUUGCUGACAUCUUGGAGAUUUAUGUGAGAGUGGUUGACAAGGUAGAGAUUGGUAAAUCUGUGAGAGCUUAUGUCAGAGUCUUGGAUGACAACAAGAAGCCCUUUCCAGCCAGCUAUUUCCAUCUCAUGAAUCUGAAACUCAAGGCAGCGUCUUCAAUAGUCUCUAUGCAGCAAUUAGCUGAACCCACAGAAAAGGAUACUGCUGUUUUUCUGGUGAAAGGUCUCUCUAUUGGUCAGACCACACUCUCAGCUGUAGUUGUGGAUAAAACUGGAAGAAAAAUAGCAUCUGCACCCCAGCAAAUUGAGGUAUUUCCACCAUUCAAACUCAUCCCAAGGAAAAUGACUUUGAUAAUAGGAGCAAUGAUGCAGAUCACAUCUGAGGGUGGCCCUCAACCUCAGUCCAAUAUCCUUUUCUCUGUCGCCAAUGAGGAGAUUGCUUCUGUUAAUGGCAUUGGCCAUGUCAAGGGUGUUGCCGUUGGCAAUGCUACUGUGACUGGACUGGUCCAAGCUGUUGACGCAGAGACCGGAAAGUUGGUUGUUGUGUCGCAGGAUCAAGUAGAAGUUGAGGUUGUUUGUUUGAGAGCCAUCCAAAUCAGAGCUCCCAUUACAAGAAUGAAGACAGGAUCACAGAUGCCUGUAUAUGUGAUGGGUCUGACCAAUACUCAGACCCCCUUUUCCUUUGGCAAUGCUCUGCCUGGCCUCACUUUCCACUGGUCCACCACCAAAAGAGACAUACUGGAUGUCCAGUCACGUCACAUUGAGGCGAACAUUGUACUCGACUCGGAGCAUAACUUUGCCAUAAGUGUAACUGGGAGAACAAGAGGACGGACAGGGCUGAAGGUGGUGCUCAGAGCCACAGAUGCCAGUGUUGGACAACUAGAGGGAAAUCUGCGGGAGCUCAGGGAUGAAAUCCAGAUCCAGGUUUAUGACAAGCUUCACAAUAAUCCUGAAGUCGAGGCUGAAGAGAUACUAAUGGCUCCCAACUCUGUCCUCAAACUCCAAACUAACAGGGAUGGUGUAGGUGCACUCUCCUACCAGAUGCAGGAUUCUGACCAGGCUGUUGUUGCUCACGUGGAUGAUAAAGGCCUCCUCUCUUCUGGUUCUGUCACUGGCUCUUCAUCUCUGCUGGUCACCUCUCAGGAGUCCUUUGGUGUCAAUCAGACUCUUACACUUGCUGUCAAGGUGGUGCCUGUGUCAUACGUUCGCUUCAGCACCAGUCCGGCUCUCCACACAUCCACCAGGGACACCCUGUCAGCUAUCCCUCUGGGCAUGGUGCUCACCUUUACUGUCAUCUUUCACGCCUACACUGGGCAGGCCCUGCACAGCUCCAAUUCCCUCCUUACAUUCUCCACAAACAGAGAUGAUCUGGUACAGGUGGGCAUCGAUCCGGGGAACCACACGCUGACCGUCAGGACUGUCAAUGUUGGACUCACGCUUCUUGCAGUGUGGGAUCAUGAACACAUGGGUAUGGCAGACUACCUCCCACUGCCUGUUAAACAUGCUAUCUACCCAGAGGAAAUGAGCAGGUUGGUGGUGGGAGAUGUGGUCUGCUUCUCUGCCCAGUUUGUCAGCCCAGAAGGUGGUCAUGGCACAUGGAGCUCCUCUGCUAACAGUGUACUUCAGGUGGAUCCUAAAAGUGGUGCAGCUGUAGCCAGAGACUCUGGCACAGUUACUGUGUACUAUGAGGUUCCUGGUAUUUUGAAAACCUACAGAGAGGUAGUAGUGGAUACACCAGAAAGAACAACAGCUAGAGCGCAGGCAGCACCGGUCAGGAACGGAAGGGAAACAAAGGUUCUGCUUACCACCAGGGAAAGAGGAACCAACCUCAUUGGGUCGUGUUCCUCUGCACAGACUGACGCUGUUUCUCAGCUGCAGCCAGAAACCUCUGUCAGCUGCCACAUCAGCUUCACCAGUGACAUUAUUGACUUUCCUGCUACUGAUGUCUUCAGAAUACACACCAGCUUCGACUCCAGCAUUGGGUUCUACACAUGCUCCAUGACCCUGCAGCCCACAACUGACCAACAGACCCGUAUGCUCACCAUGUCCAUGACCAACCUGCUGGUAAAGGCCAACCUGGAGGGCAGUACUUUCUCCGGGGAACAGGCCAGUGCCAGCCUGCCCAUAGAGCCAGGCCUGUACUCCGACCAGAUUGAGAUCCUCCUGUCAAACCUGCAUCCGUCAGCUGAACUCACAGUCUACGGCCCCACGACAACGCUGUCCAACCUGGAGGUGGUGUCAACUUCUCCUAGCAUUGCUGUCCAUGAGAAGGAGGUGUACCAAGGUUUCCCCAGUUUUUCCAAAUUCACAGUCAGUGCCGUGGGCCCUCAGGCAGCGUCCUCGGGCUCAGUGUCCAUCAGCAGCACUUCCUCCAGCCAGACUCUCCUCAUUCCAGUCACCGUGAUUCACAUGGCUGAUCCCAGUGCUGCCGGGCAAGCAGCUGCUGCCCCAGUUAGCGUGGAGGGGGGUCGCUCCCUGCAGAACUUCAUAGACUCGUACCAGAUGAUGUUCUUCACCCUGUUCGCUCUGCUGACUGGAACAGCAAUCAUCAUCAUCGUCUGCCACACAGUGUUUUCUCCGAGGGAACAAACGUAUCACCCUGCCUUUGUCCAGAGGUCUCCACACCUCUCAGGUUUCGGCUCUCCGGUAGCAAAUACCUUCAACCAUACAACUCUUAGCAGUGAGCGAAAAAGCAGCCCCAAUUUACGAUUGUUUUCUCCAGAUUAUAAAUCUUGAUGAAGUCCCGCCUGACGCGUCGUCUUCAAGAGUAGAGGAACCCCCUGCCUUCAGAAUGACUGACUGACUGUAAAAUGUUGGAUUUCAUACUUUGGUAACUGUUUAAAAGUACCAAAAAAAAAUAAAAAAAAAAUGCGCCAGCUAAGACCUGUAAGACUGCAAGACUGUUAUUGUGGUCAUUUGUUUAUAAUUGAGUUGAUCUUGUUUUGUGGUUGUCCUGUUGAAUUAAUUUUGUGAAAGUCCUUAUUCAACAGAUUGUUUAGGAUUUUGAGGUGUGCUGAAACAAGCGUUAUGCUGUGCUAAGUUACUGUUGUUUUGUGUGUUCGUUUGCCGUUUGUAUUCUACUUAACCUGUGUAAAUCAUUUGACACGAUGUGAAAUUUAGUAACUCAGGACAUUUUUGCAUUCUCACCUGACAUUAACUUGAUGUUUGUAGGAGAGGAAACGAUUGAUGCAGCUUUUAUACAUUUUGUGAAACCUGUACACUGAAACAGUUGUCAUAUGUGAUUCAUUUGAGGCAGGAAAAAAGUCUUUCAUUUCUGUCUAGGGCAUUUUGGAGUUUUGCGUCCCUGUUGAUUUAACAUUACUGAGGUUUUGAGCCACAUAACUCAGAGGUCCUUGUUAAUUUGUUAAUGUGAAAUGGUUAAAUGUGAUUUUUUUUAUUUUUUUUUUAUCCCAACUUUGCUUCAGUCACUUUUGAAAAUGGUAUGUUUUUAUGUUCCCCCCCCCCCCCCCCCCCCCCAAAUGUUUGAAGUGUGACAUUAUUUUAAUGAUAUAUUUGUGUAUUCCAGGGAACAACAAAAUCAGAAAUUUGUGAUACAUACACACAGUGACUGUUGGCUUGUGAAUUUCAUUUCAGGAUUAUUUUACUGUAAUGAUAAAAGUUCUGCUUUGGUUAUUUUCAGUCACUCCUUGUAAAUAUGUCUGACCAGCUUUGGACGUACACCAGAGAAAGAAGCGUUCUUUGAAUAUUCUCUUGCUGAUCAAAGUUUUUACUUUCAUCAAUGGUUUUAUCAAAUGUUGCACAUAUAUAUAAAAUGCUCAUGUUUGCUUUGUCACAUCUAAGUAAAUUCAUUUCAUACACAAGAUGUAGAUUUGUUAUAAUUACACUUCCCCCCAUAUAGAAAUUUUGGGAGUUAUACAAAUCACCCUGUCCAUCUCAAUAUAAAUGCAAGUGCAAUUCCUCCUAAACCAUUUGCUGGAUUUUAACAUACCACAUGUCAAUUGUGCAUGAAUGACAAUCAUUCCAGACCACCAUCUUUAAGGGAUGAUAAUUGGAAUUUUGGCUUUAAAGUGUUGCUUCAUAUGAUACAGAUUUCCUAAUUGCAGCAACUAACUCCUAAACUGCUUUAUGGAUUUCACUGAACUUUCACACAAGGGGAGCACACUGGUCUCUUGUCUUCAAGUGCAACUCCUAAACCUAUAUGGAUUUAAGUUGCUGUACUUUAUGGUUUAUAAGUUGCACCUGCCAAAAAAAAAAACAAAAAACUAAAGCCUCUUGAAAAUGAAAACAGGUACAAGUCUCACCAGGGUUCAGCUGCACCUUUUUCUUUUAGCUAUUUAAUUUGGGAUUUGUGUGCGUUGUUGUGUACUUUUUAUUAUUGCCACUUAUUUCAUU